AUGAGGAAUCGAACCUCACAUCAUCGGAUUCCGCAGUCCGAUGCUCUAGAGCAUGGAAGCGCGGAAUAUGAAGGUCUGAAGUUAUUUUCGAUCUCCCUGUCAAAAUGUCCUGGAUCUGCCUUUGUUUUAUUUAUUCCUUUUCUUCUGCGCAAAAACGAUCUCGAAUUUGAUAACUUGUUCACUGAAUGAAAAUCUUGUUGAUAAAGGCGCUGUGAAUAUCAUAUGAUCACGUGCAAGUGAACCAGCUGUCCUUCCCGCUCAGACAUAGCGGAGGCUUUAUCUGGCUUUCUCCCACCGACUUCAGCGGCUGAGUAAUUCUGUUCGGCGACGAUCACCUAAGUUUUCGGAAACUUUCCGACCCAUUUCUUAGAUGGUAUUGAUGAGAUAAGGAAUGCCUAAUUGACAUAUCGACGGAGCACAGAACAUUAAACAAUAUUGUUGUUAGCUUUAACGCCCACUUAUUCUCUUUGAGCUGCGAAUCGUUAUUCAUUAAGUGCGAAAAUAGGCAAUAAAAGCAUUUAUCUAUUUACUUCAUAUUUUCUUUUUUUCGUAGAAUAACUUGUCGUUCACAUGGAAAGCUGGAAGAGGAACUCUUCAGUAUUAAUCCUUUACACGAUCUGCUCGGCUGUUUUAUCUCCUCGAGCAUAGUGCUGGAUGCUUUAUUUUCCAAUUUUUUCCCGCCAGCUUCAGCAGCUGUAAAAUUCUGUUCAGCGACGUACAAAUUCUCUUCGUGGAAAAAGAAAACCCCCCCACCUAACAUAAAAAUUGUCCUGAGCCCUUCCCUUUUAUUACAACUUCGUGAAAACCCGAAAAAUGGAAAAAACCUCCAACCAGUCUACUGAGAAACGAUCCUAUUGAGUAAGUUACAGGCUGGAUUAAACUUUCGAUAAUAACGUGAUUAAAAAUGAAUCCUUAAUAAAAAUGUCUGAGUAGAAAAUUGUCAUUAGAUUAUUUGGCUUGUUUUAAUACGUGAUCAUUAUCAGUAAACAUCUGUUGCUGGAUAUUUCUGGAGUCUUUUUCUCGUCAUUACGUCAAUAGUUAUAAUAAUAAUUUCAAUAAUAGAAACAACCUAGAACUUUCGAAAAUUGUCCUUUUUUCUCCAACCAUACUCUGAAUUGGAAAAGUAUCUCGAUAAUAUUACUCCGAACGAAAGCUAUUAAACUCCGACUCUGGUUAUCUCAGUUGGAGGAAGUUUCGGGUGUAGACUGCCAAUUUUCUCAAAUUUUUAGGCAUGUUUAAUAAUUAAGCAUGUUUUAUUUAUAUAGAUAGAUGAUUCAUAACCUAUGUUUUUUCCGGCUUUGGUAAAAUAUAUGUGGCCUUCGCAGAGCUGCUGGCUCAAAACAAAACUAAUCUCCUGGCACCGCAAUAUGUCAGCAAACGUGACAGCAACGAUGAAUGGAACACAGUCCAUGUCGAGCUGCUUCAACCCCACAGCGAUAAGAAUUGGUGAAACCUUUGCCUACUGUCUGCUACUUGUUGUGUCGCUGGCUGGAAAUAUCCUCAUUGGAAUUAUUGUCUACAAGGAGAAAGCACUGAGAACACCAAUCAACAUUUUGAUUGUAAACAUGGCAAUCUCCGAUCUGUUGUACCCGAUUAUCCGUUUUCCUCUACUUUUUGUAAGGUUAAACACAGCCAGCCACUGGCUGCUCAGCAGUCCACUUGGCCAAGCGUUUUGUAAACUGAGUUGCUUCGCCACUGACGUCUCCAGUGCUGUGUCCAUUCAGAGCCUGGUUCUGAUAGCAGUGGAUCGAUUUGUAACUGUGGUAUUUCCUUUCCGUUCCUCACUGAUCAGUUCAAAGCAAUGCAGGCUCUUCAUUCUCGUCAUUUGGAUCGUCGCCGUGGUAGUCUUUGGCCCAUUAUUGUUUACGUGGGAAUUUGUCGAGUAUCUAGAAGGGCCGGUUUGUCACCAGGAGUGGAAGGGCACAUUUGAAGAGUUCUCAUCGUUUAAAAACUACAUUCUGGUAACGAUCAUUGUAUUAAUCUAUGUCCCUUUGGUUUUGAUUGCCAUACUUUACUUUUCCAUUGCCAUAAGAAUUAAAUCGCAGAAGAUUCCAGGGGAGCCUUCAGUAAACGCAAGAAAACAGCGCUUGAAGAGAGAGAGAAAUGCUCUGAAGAUGUCCAUUGCCAUCGUGUUCGUUUUUGCAGUAUGCUGGCUGCCAUCCAGUAUCAUUUUCUUCUUAUUCUUGUUUUCAUCAGACAGCGCCAUGAUGUCAUCUUGUGCCUUCCAAUACUCUGCGCAUAUUGCCUUUUUUCUGGUUCGAUCAUACUGCGCUGUAAACCCUUGUAUCUGUUUCAUAUUCAGCGGUAAUUAUCGUCAAGGUCUUGAGAACCUCCUCGGUUGUUUCUCUACUAAUCAAGCUGCCCUGACAUAG